AUGACAGUCGAAGAUCCGUCUCGCUCAACUCGAGGAAAUAUCCCAGCACCCAAGGGGAAACGUUGUCCGCUACGACUCCUCCCGUGGGCAGACUGUGAAAGCCAGCAGCAAGAAAUCUACCGCUCGGUUUGCCAUUAUUUGGAACCACCAGGGCAGGACGCCGAGCAGCUAUUCCUUCCACGCAUCACGCUGAAGGGUUUCGGGCAGGCACUCGCGAGACAUUUAAGCAGUGAAAAAGAUUUGGAGGGCUAUGAACAUUUUGGUGUGGAAAUUCAUGUUCGUGACAUCAUCGCAGCGCUCUGCAAGAAACCCGACGCCCGAGACGAGUUCCACUUGAGUGAUGGAGUCACUUUUGACAAUCACGCAAACUCUCUUGAACCUCCUCAAGUUAGCCAAUCGCCAGAAGGGUCGCCCUCGCGGCCUUCAAGACCGGAUCAAUUUUGCAUACGCCGGGGUGAUUCAGACUCCAUCCUUACAACGGUGGAGUACAAACCACCUCAUAAGCUAAGUGUCGAAAAUAUUCGCUCUGGAUUGCGACCGAUGGACUUCUGGGAAGAGGUGGUGGCGCCCGAUUUUGUCCCUACGCAAGAAGAGGAGAAAUUGAGAUACAAUGCGGCCCGGCUAACGGGGUCGGCAUUAGUCCAAGAGUUCCAUGUCAUGAUCCAGCAAGGGCUCGAAUACUCCUAUUUGACAAAUGGAUUGGCGCUGGUUCUGCUGCGAGUCCCUUAUGAUGACCCGACUACUUUAUACUACCACCUCUGCGAACCUAACAUGGAAGUGAACCCCGAGGAUGAUCAUAGCUUUCAGCUGCCGGUAACAAGUAUUGCCCGUGUGCUGUGCCUCUGUCUCAUGAGCUCUCGUUCCACAACGCGUGACCAGGAUUGGCGAAAUAAUGCGAGACUGCUGCUUCCGAUAUGGACAACGAGUUUUGAUUACGAGCAUUCACAAAUCCCAGUUGCAGAAUUGCGAAAGAUCCCCCCAGAUGCACAAUAUAUUCCGCCGGCGUCUACGUCAUCCUCAUCCGUGCAAGAAUCGGCACGCCAUGCAGACACCGGGCAUGCCCCGAGCUAUCAAAAUCAACAUCAUCAGGCGCAAUUUUGUACUCAAAAGUGCUUACUCAGUCUGAAGCAAGGGGGCUUACUGGACGAGCACUGCCCGAAUGUAACACUCCACCGUAAGGGGGAAAGCGGCAGUCGACACCUCAUCAAGGCUGAGACAUUGGUUCAACUGAUUAAACGGCAGCUGGAUGACGAUAUCGAUGACUGUACCCCCAUGGGACGCUGUGGAGCGUCCGGGGCGCCGUUCAAAAUCACCUGUGCAGCAUAUGGUUAUACUGUUGUUGGUAAAGGAAUUACUACUUAUCUCUGGAACGAGGUGUCACGCGAAGCAGACAUCUAUCAUAUUCUUUCGCAAGUGCAGGGCUUGGUGGUUCCGGUGUUUCUCGGGGCAAUCGACAUGGAUAAGAUCUACUUCUUGGAUAGAGCGGGAGAGAUUGAACAUAUGCUACUUAUGGCGUGGGCAGGCAAGCCGAUCAGCAAAACCGAAGCCACAAGCCCUGACAUCUCUAGCUCUAUCUCAAAAGCUGUAAAGAAGAUUCGCUCAUUGGGAGUAUUACAUCAGGACCUUCGAGUGGAGAAUCUUUUGUGGAACGAUGAGCUACGCCGCGUUAUGAUCAUUGACUUCCAUUGUUCGGUGCUGGACCGUCAACUGAUGAAAAAGCGACCGAGGAAGACCUCGUGCGGCGAAGAUACACGUCAGCAACAGCGACAUCGUCUAGUCUAACAGAUAAAGGC